AUGGAUAAUGUCAUUUAUCAUCACGAUCUUCUUCAACAGCAACUCAAUGAACAAGAUACAGUGUUAAGUCAACAUCCAUUAAUGAUGGAAAUCAAUAACUGGGAACGUGAGAGUGUGGAGAAGAUAAGACAUGCAGCAGAAAAAGCUCGAUGUGAUCUUGAUCAGUUAUUGACCAGUAAUAAAAAAUUGGUUACAAAGCAACUAGAAGAAAUUUCAACUCAAUUGAAGACAGGUAAAGAGGCCAAUGGUUACUCGGAGAAAGAUUUAACUGGAUGGCUACAAGUACUGGAAAAGUUGAAAAAUCAGUUAUCAACACCAUCAGAUGUAAAAUUACAGAAAAUAAAAGAUGAAACAUGGUUGCAACGGCUUGAAAUCAUGACAGCUCCCAUUAAUUCAUCAGAAAAAUUUGAGAAAGGAUGUGAUAAUGUUCAUAUAUUAGAAAACGGUCUCGUUGCAGAACAUAAUGAAGCAGAAAUUGCUGCUGAAGUUCGAGGUUUCACGAGAUACUCAGCGGGAACUCACAAAAUCGGUUUGAAGAUUGAAAAAAUGACGAAUAACAAUUGGAUGUUUUGGGGAAUUAUAUCACAAAAUACUGCAACUCAAAAUAAUUCUUUCUCUUCAAAAUCAAGCAACGGAUGGGCCAUGUUCAAGCAUGUGUAUUUAAAUGGUGAAUACAACGUUGGAUACAAUAAUUAUCAAGGGGAUAUUGUUGAAAACGACAUACUUUACUUAACAUUAAAUUGUGACAGUCAAACUAUCGAACUUGAAAAUGAACGUACGAAGCAAAAGAAUUCUAUCGCCAUUGACUUGAACGACUGUCCAUUUCCUUGGCAGUUACAUAUUAAUUUGUAUAACAGUAACGAUCGUAUUCGUAUACUGGCAUAG